AUGGUGCUUAUUAAAAGAGUUCUAAGAUGCUUCGAAGUUUUAUCUAGUCUUAGAAUAAAUUAUCGCAAAAGUGUGGUGUGUGGUGUUGGUGUUGAUGAUGCUCUCUUGCUCUCCUUUGCAAAGCUCCUCAACUGUCAAGUUCAUAGCCUAUCUCUGAGAUUUCUGGGCCUACCUCUUGGAGCCAACCCCGGGAGAAAAUCUACAUGGAAACCUGUGCUUGACAAAUUCAGAUCCAAACUCUCGGGGUGGAAGAGAAAACUGUUGUCUUUUGCAGUGGGGGGCGGAAAUAGAAUUAAGUUUUGGCAUGACAAAUGGUGUGGCAACACUUGCCUUAAGAAUGAAUUUCCCCUCAUUUUCAAUCUCUCAACUGAUAAAGAUGGUUCUCUUCAUCAAUACUUUGCAAGGAAAACCAGCCCAAACAAUUGGAAUUUUCCUAUUAGAAGAGUGAUGUUUACUUGGGAAUUGGAUGAAGAAUCUAGUUUGCUUGGAGCCCUAUCUUCAGCCCCUUCUCUGUCUCCUCACAAAGCAAAUUGUUAUUUUUGGGCUUGUGCUACUGCAAGCACUGGUGAGUUUUCUGUUUCUUCAAUAUACUCUUUCAGUAAUUCCACCCUUGGUCCUCAUCUUCCAAUCUAUAAUCAUAUUUGGAAUAGAGCUGUCCCCCUUAAGGUUUCUUUUUUCUGUUGGUUGGCUUGGAAGAACAAAAUUAAGUCAGCAGAAUUUAUGCACAGAAUUGGUAUUUUAGACCCUUCUAUCUCCAUCAGUUGCACCUUUUGUGUCUAUGACUCUGAAUCUGCUUCCCAUGUCUUGCUUCACUAUCCCUUUUCUUGGUUGAUCUGGUCUUCAAUUAUUCACGAAUGGGGGCUUUCUUGGUGCAUUCAAGAUUCAGUUGAUGGCCUUCUCCAAUGGUGGAUGAGUGUAAACUUCAAGCACUUUGAUAGAUUAAUUUGGAGAGCUAACCCACUCAUUGUUCUUUGGUCGUUGUGGAAAUGUAGAAACAAAUGUAUUUUCGAAAAGGCUCAACCAAAAUUUUCAAAUAUGAGUGAAUCUAUCAAAAUCAGAGCUGUACUAUGGCUGAAAGCAACCAUUAAAGACCUUCCCUUCUCAAUUGAUGACCUAACCUUCAAUUGGAGACAAAUUAGAGCUGGUUUUACAAAUCAUUAG